AUGUCAGGCUCAGAGGACCUUCCCGGAGACAAGCGCCAGGAGCACUCGCACAGGAAACGGACCAUAUUCACCAAGAAGCAGCUGGAAGAUCUGAACGUUUUGUUCACUGAGAACCCAUACCCAAGCCCCAGCCUUCAGAGGGAGAUGGCCUCGCAGCUGGACUUGCCUCCGACAGUACUGCAGGUCUGGUUCAAAAAUCACAGAGCAAAACUCAAGAAAGAAAAAUGUAAGCCUGUUCAGCAAAAACAAACUCAGAAACAGCACGGACCUGAGGGCGGAGUCAAGACCAGUCCUUGCCUGAGACUUACCGACCCACAGCCCAGAUCCCCUCAGGCCACCUGUCCUGAAGGCCUGGUAUACACGGAUCACCAGACACCCUCAUUCCAGCUCAUCGUGUGCCCCAAUGUCAAGGUCCCGGCAGACAGCUCCCCUGGCCACAAGAUCGUCCAUUUUGGCUGCUGCCAGGACCCUAACGUCUACUGCCUUUAUCCCAUCUUGGAACCCCAAGCUCAUUCGCCAAGCUGCAACCCUAAUUCUCUUGGCUGUUCAUCACUACAAAGCAAAGAGAGAUGCUAG